UAGACGUAGUAGUUUGGGUCUGGAACUGGCAGAAGCCAAUGAUAAUGACCCCAGAAAUAGUAGACAAUUGUCUAAAGAUGCAUUGCUUGAUCAUGUACCUUGGCCACAAUCACCAAAAAAGAAUCACCGAGAAAGAAGGCGAUCGUCAAUGCUAGCUGAAGAGCAACUGAUGGCUCUUAAAACUAACGAUAACUCUGCAACACUGCCAAUAGAAGAAGAGAGUGGGAAAAAACAACCACAGAAUGGUAGAUUAAAAGGUUGGUCAUUGCUUUCCAAGGAAAUAAAACAAGUACGUGAUAUGAAGAAGAAAAAAUCAAAAGAGGAACAUACUACUGGUUCAACAAGAACUGGCUCACCGGGAACUGUAGCCAGAGCAGAUGGAGCUUCGUCCGUGGAUUCACAAGCAUUAGGCAAAUCAAAUAAGCUUGAAGAUCAGAUUAACUUGCAACACCUUGUUGAACUGAUGAGAAUUUUCCAUGAGGCAGACGAAAAUGGAAGUGAUGGAUUGGACAUUGAUGAAUUUAGAGCAGCAUUUGGUCACAUCCUGGGAAAAGGAAAGAAUGAUCAACAGAUGGCAAUUAUGUUUAUGAAGAUUGACACGAACUGUGAUGGAACCGUUGACUGGGAUGAGUUCUGCACUUACAUGCUAUUGGAGUAUCAAGAAAAAGAAGUCAUGGCUGGUGAAAAGUUGUUACCAUAUCCCUACCCCAUGAAGAUUUUGAACAGCCCAAUGCAUGCGGCGAUGGUUUCAAAGAUCACUUAUCUUCCGGUGCUACAGCGACAUGGUCACACUAACAGUUUGAUGUCUGAAACACAGCCAGGUUGUGAUAAUCCUGAUCCGAGCAACCCUUUAACCAGUACAACUGCUCAAGAUGGAAGAUUUCUGAGUGUCAGCAAAGACGGGACACUCUGCUUUUGGAAAAGUAAUUUAACUUUACAGAGAGCCAUAACAUUGGAUUGCGGCAAAUCGAAUGUGUGGGUAUUUGACUUGGUUGUACUUCUAAACAUCAACAAGAUGAUGGUCUCCUACACUGACUGUAUGCUUGCACUGUUUGAUCUAGCCACUGCUAACUGUGAUCACCAUGUUCAAAUUAUUGGAUUACCUUCUGCCGUUGUGCAAAUGUACUACUGGUUCGAUCCUAAGCAAGUCAAUCAUGCAGUUUUAGUACUUGGAGACACUGGAGGAGGUGUUACUGUCAUGGAGUUCUCAAAUAUCACAAACAGCCUAUUUUGUUCACCUGCUAAUCACCACGAAUGCCAGCGAAUAACCUUUUCUGAGCUAUAUAAGCAAGAUGGACUCAAAAUAACUUACAAACCAAAACUUCACAACGAUUGGGUCUGCCAAGUGAAGUACUGUCCUAGUGUGUCUUACAUCAUGUCAAGCAGUUGUGACGAGAACAGCUCGUUGUACUUAGCAGAUUUGCAUACACAUAAACUGGACUCAGUGAUGAAAGUGACAAAAGGUGUGAUCUCAUUUGACUACUGCAAUGAAUGGAAUAUCAUCGGAACAGGUGGUUUGGACGCAAUUGUGAGAUAUUGGAAUCCCUACGUCACAAGAAAGCCCAUUGCAACGCUGAAAGGCCAUUCUAGUGCUGUAAUGAACAUUGCCAUCAAUUCUGCACAGGGACUUGUGCUAAGCCUCUCCAAAGACUUUGAACUUCGUGUUUGGAGCAUUGAGCACCAGCUGUGUGUUCAGAACUGCCGCAGAUGCCAACUUCUCUUGCCCCACCCACCUGCAGCAUUUUAUCUUCACCAACGCACAGGUAGCAUAUUGGUCGCCACCAAUGAGAUUGCAAUUCUCGAAUCGAGCCAGUGCGAGGAGCAAGUAUCCAGAGGAGCUUUGAGGGGAGAGAUUACGAGCCACGAGAAACCAUUGUGUGCUGCAUUGUAUAAUGAGAACUUCAACCAAGUUGUUAGUGGAUGCCACGGUUCAGUUGUGAGCGUCUGGGACAUUGACACAGGAGAGAAAACAAUAGAAUUUUCUUGCUGUCAUAGCGUGAUGGAAAUCACGGCUAUGGCAUUCGAUCCGACCGGCAGAAGACUUAUUACUGGCAGCAGCGAUGGCUCAAUAAAGAUAUGGAAUUUCAAUAAUGGUGCUUGCCUAUCUGUUUUGGAAAGUUCAUUCACCACAGAGGUAACUUCCAUCAGUUUUAUGAAUGAGAGAAUCGUUGCAGGUGGAUGGAGCCGCUGUCUGGCUAUCUACCGAGAUACGAGACACUCUAGUGACAUCAUUCCAAAAUACUGGGCAGUUGGAGUUCACAAAGAUGACGUUCUUUGUAUGGCUUUUCAGGAACCGAAUACUCUAGUAUCUGCAAGCUAUGAUGGUAACAUUAUUGUGUGGAAUCUAGACUUGGAAAGACCAAUUUGCAAACUGAACCGAAGAAGCUUUUGCCUGAAACGAGAUAAAACAAGGUGUCACUCUCAUAACAGUGAUACAGAGAUUCGCAGCACAGAACAUGCUAUUGAGAAGAUAUUGCUUCUGAAAUCUCGUGACCAAAAGAAUCAGUCGUCUGCUUCUCUGAUAGCUUGUGGAGGUGGUGGCUUCGUACAGAUGUGGAAUCACAAUGGGGGAGGGCUUAUUGCAGAAUUUAAUAUCUGGGACAACUCACGACACACCAUCCCUGAAGAAAAUCAGCCUCUGGAGUGUAUCACUUCAAUGAAAGUUGACUCUAAAGACUCUCUGUUGAUCACUGGAAACUCAUUAGGAUACGUGCAAAUUUGGAAGAUUGCCAAGUACUGUGUUGACGUUCCCGAAACACAAAGGCCAAUUUGUACUCCACCGGAAUUUACCACUGCCUGGCGUGGUCAUCUAUCCAGCAUUGUGUCUGUUGACCUUGCUGAAGACAAAGGCCUUCUCAUUACAGCCUCCACUGAUUGUUCUGUUCGCGUAUGGACUCUCAACGGAAGAUACAUCGGAACAUUUGGCGAGAAAACACUCUGGAAGCUAAAGUACCCAAUUAAACAAGCUAAACUGCCCAUAAAAACUCUACCUGCAGGUAUCAACCGAAUAGCAUCAUUCAAGACUCUGCGUACAAUAUCUGGACCACGCCCGUCAAAAUGGAAAGUUGCAAGGAACCUGUUUAAAAUCCUGCGUCAGGCCAAGCAAAUACAAGAAGCCUUGCUUAUGUUCGGUAUAAAAGUGCCGGUAGGAGGUACAUACGGGGAAAAGAGAUUUGGAGCAAGUAUUCUCGGUAAAUGCUAUGAGAGGAAAGCACGUUUCAGGGAGCCAUUAGUACCCAAGAAGCUCAAACUUGUCGAAGGAAGAUUUGUAGGGCUUUAUCACAGCCUCCCUUGCGACGAUAUGGCUGUGAUCGAACUAGAGCAAGCAUCAAGUGAUGUAGCAGACGGAAGCAGUGAAACAUGCAAGUUUUCAGAUACCUGUAUCUUGUACCAAGAACAAGAAUCAGUGUCUUCAAUCAAAGAACCUCAUACUGAGCAUUCACUUUUUCCUUAGUUUUUUGUACAGUAUGAACAUUUCAAUGGUUACGAACUAACAAGUUCUGUAUGGCAACUAGCUAUAGGAUUUGUUUAUGUCUUUACUUGCUUCACACAAUAAUUAUUAUUUAUA